UUCCUCCGGGAGGACCAAUCUUCCGGGUGGAGGGGAAGCGGAGUGACUGGAGUGGAAAUUUUUUUCCAACAUAACUUCGCAGUUGUAACUGAUUGAAAGGGUAUAAAGAAAGCCAGAGAUGACAGGCUGAAACUUUUACUCUUUUUCCUGCCUUUUUAACCACUCGACUUACACGAGCCCCAAUCGCCUUUUCCACCCCUUCGUCUUGGUACGACCCUUGGAGUACGGAGCCUGCAGAGAGUCCCACGCUGGAAGACAGAUAGGAGGAGUCGGAAGAGACAUUAGAGGUCACCCAAAGCCGCCGUCCCCUGUGCAGCCUCCCUGACAAGUGAUUGUAUAAGGAGGAAGUUUCUUCAGGGAGACGAUCACGACUGACCAUUCUUCACGAUCCGAAAGGAAAGGAAGAGACUCGUUCGGGAUGUUUGACGGCUAUGAUAGCUGCAGUGAGGACACGAGCAGCAGCUCCAGCUCUGAGGAGAGUGAAGAGGAGGCUGCUCCCUUACCUUCUAGUCUCCCGAUCAUCAAAAACAAUGGCCAAGUGUACACGUACCCAGACGGUAAAUCCGGCAUGGCUACCUGUGAAAUGUGUGGAAUGGUUGGUGUGCGAGAUGCUUUUUACUCUAAAACAAAGCGUUUCUGCAGUGUUUCAUGUUCAAGAAGUUACUCGUCAAACUCCAAGAAGGCAAGCAUUUUGGCCAGACUUCAGGUAACGGGUAAGCCUCCAACAAAGAAAGCAAAAGUUCUUCAGAAACAGCCUUUAGUUGCUAAACUAGCUGCAUAUGCUCAGUAUCAAGCUACCUUACAAAACCAAGCCAAGACUAAAUCAGCAGCAGUCUCCACAGAAGGUUUCAACUGGGGUAACUACAUCAAUAGCAAUAGCUUUAUAGCAGCUCCAGUUACCUGCUUUAAACAUGCACCUAUGGGGACCUGCUGGGGUGAUAUCUCAGAAAAUGUGAGAGUAGAAGUUCCCAAUACAGACUGCAGCCUACCUACCAAAGUCUUCUGGAUCGCUGGAAUAGUAAAAUUAGCAGGUUACAAUGCCCUCUUAAGAUAUGAAGGAUUUGAAAAUGACUCUGGUCUGGACUUCUGGUGCAGUAUAUGUGGUUCUGAUAUCCAUCCAGUUGGUUGGUGCGCUGCAAGUGGAAAACCUCUUGUCCCUCCUAGAACUAUUCAGCAUAAGUAUACAAACUGGAAAGCUUUUCUAGUGAAACGACUUACUGGUGCCAAAACUCUUCCUCCCGAUUUCUCACAAAAGGUUUCAGAGAGCAUGCAGUAUCCUUUCAAGCCUUGCAUGAGAGUAGAGGUGGUUGACAAGAGGCAUUUGUGUCGAACACGAGUGGCAGUGGUGGAAAGUGUAAUUGGAGGAAGAUUAAGACUAGUAUAUGAAGAGAGUGAAGACAGAACAGAUGACUUCUGGUGCCAUAUGCACAGCCCAUUAAUCCAUCAUAUUGGUUGGUCUCGAAGCAUAGGCCAUCGAUUCAAAAGAUCUGAUAUUACAAAGAAACAGGAUGGACAUUUUGAUACACCACCACAUUUAUUUGCUAAGGUAAAAGAAGUAGACCAGAGUGGGGAAUGGUUCAAGGAAGGAAUGAAAUUGGAAGCUAUAGACCCAUUAAAUCUUUCCACAAUAUGUGUUGCAACCAUUAGAAAGGUGCUGGCUGAUGGAUUCCUGAUGAUUGGGAUCGAUGGCUCAGAAGCAGCAGAUGGAUCUGACUGGUUCUGUUAUCAUGCAACCUCCCCUUCUAUUUUCCCUGUUGGUUUCUGUGAAAUUAACAUGAUUGAACUCACUCCACCCAGAGGUUACACAAAGCUUCCUUUUAAAUGGUUUGACUACCUCAGGGAAACUGGCUCCAUUGCAGCACCAGUAAAACUGUUUAAUAAGGAUGUUCCAAAUCACGGAUUUCGUGUCGGGAUGAAAUUAGAAGCAGUGGAUCUCAUGGAGCCACGAUUAAUAUGUGUAGCCACAGUAACUCGAAUUAUUCAUCGUCUCUUGAGGAUACAUUUUGAUGGAUGGGAAGAAGAAUAUGAUCAGUGGGUAGACUGUGAGUCCCCUGACCUCUAUCCUGUAGGGUGGUGUCAGUUAACUGGAUAUCAACUACAGCCUCCAGCAUCACAGUCAUCAAGAGAAAGCCAGUCAGGUUCAUCAAAACAGAAGAAAAAGACUAAGUCCCAGCAAUACAAAGGACAUAAGAAAAUGACUACAUUGCAGCUGAAAGAGGAGUUGAUAGAUGGAGAGGAUUAUAGUUUCCUCCAAGGAGCAUCUGAUCAGGAAAGCAAUGGCUCUGCCAACUUUUACAUCAAACAGGAGCCUUGAGGUUGCUCAGAAACUGAGGGUGGGAGGGAAAGAAUUUUACACAGGACUGAUUUUAUAAUCAAUCCAGCUGUACAGCGGGGCUAUUCUACUGGGACAUUUUGCUAAACAUAGAAAAUUUCAGUUCCAGAUUUUUCAAGUGGGUAGGGAAACUAUUUUAGCCUUGGGGGGAAAUUUUUCAAUUUAUAAAGAUGGACAAUUUUUGUGUUGUAUUUGAAGCUUUUGAAAGAAUUUUGUAAUAUUUUCCAAGUUUGGAUUUAUGUGCAUUGUUAACAAGAAUUGAAAUUCUAACUUUUUUGGUAAGAUUAAAGUUUAGGUAGCAGGAUUGAAGGAAAUGACUUAAGAAAGAUACUGUUGUAAAUGCAAACGAACUGUCAUUACUAAUGAACCUUUUUGGUACCUGUUGGGAGAUUUUGGGAUUUUAGAAGUUAGGCCAGUCACAUCUCCAGCUUCCUCUGCUGCAGAAUAUGCAACUGAAUCCCCGCUGUGGAGAGCUCAUCACCACAUAAAUCAUGGAAGGGUAAUUAAUUCUGCUUGUUGGCAUUUUAUUGCAGCCCAUUUUAAAUAUUUGUACAGAAGUGUUUCAUUCUGUGAAAAUUCAUUUGGAGUUCUAUAUGAAACUGGAAGAACUCUGGAUACUUUAUAUGUUCUCUUUUAAUUAAAAAUGAGUAAAAUUAUCCUAACACUAAAGUGUUAAACUGGAAUGGUUGACAAGAUAUACAAGAUCUCGGUCUACAUGUUGAGGGAUUGGGGAAAAUGCAAUAUUGUCCUAAGUUUAUUUUAUUUUCCUUACUAAAACAUAUCCCACAAAAGGAAUUCUUAUUAGUUCUCUGCCAUUUCUCUCCAUCUGUGAGAUAAUACUUGUAUAACUACACCCCAAAACUUAUGUGUUCUGUAUUACCAGGAGAAUCAAAAUUAUUUUAACAGUUGUUUAAAGCCAAGAUAAGUCUAGAUUUCAAAAUCAUUCCUGCUCUGCUUUUGACUAUCCUGGAUUUGUUAGAAAACUAAUUUGAAAGAGAAUUUAAUUUUCUUAAAAUUCCAUAUAUAUAUGUAAGAAUUGUCUUUAACUGUUUCAGAUUUAAUUUUAACAGUAAUAACUGAUUUGGACCAUUUCAGACAUUCCCUAUUUUUAAAUUCACAUGGCUUCGUUUAAGAAAGGAUGUAAGGGUAAAUUGGUGAAAGGUUUGCUCUCUGCACUUUUCUGGCUGAGUUGUGACUGAAUGAGAGGGCUUUAGCAUUUACCAGUGAGGUUCAUAAACUCAACUCUCAGGAAUUAAUUGCAUCUGUUGUAGAAGUGCUUCUGGGUAUUAGCCUGGCCUCUUCAGAGUGGUAAUAGUAACCAUCUCCUCUGGAAUAUAGGUAGGGCUAAUUAGAAAUUAAUCAAAAUGAUUAACCUCUACAGUCCUUCAGCCUAUGGAAUGCUUUAAAAAAUGUUAAUGGAAAGCCCCAGGAGACCAUAUUAGGUAAGAUUUUUUUUUUUGUUUGAAUUUUAAAAUGCAUAGAACAUUAAAAACCAGCAAUUUAUUUUCUAAAAUAUUGCUCUACUUUUGGGAAUAAUAGCAUUGGUAAUAUGCACAGGUUUACCUCAUUCUAUGCAAGAGGGGUUAAUAUCAUAAGGUUUUGUAGUUGCUACUGGAAGUAAAAUUUGUUACUUUAUAGUGUAAGAAUGUAUGGAAUUGCAUGUCAACAUUUCUUAAUACUGUCUCUUUAGGGGCAUAAAUGCAAGUCAUAUCAAUGCCAGGUUGAUUCUUAUGUGUCAAAUAUAUGUGAAUUCAGCUGUUAAAUUACUGGAUAUUUAUCUUAAACAUUACUGAGAGGGACCUACUGUAAAUGUGACAUAAACUUCCCAAAUCUUCAACUUUUAAGAAUCUUCCCAUGAACUUAAAGCCUGGAAGACUUCUAAAGCAAAGGUGACAACAGUCUUUAUCCUCAGGCUCAGUGAAUUUAGACCCAGGACUCCGAUUCCAUGUUAUGGGCACAAGAAGCCAGUUGUAGCGUGUGCUUUAACAGGACCCUGAGCUUAAGAUCUCUAUGGGAAACUGAAUAAACCAGAAGGGAUUUGAUUUGGAGCCUGGUAAUUAGUUCUGUGAAAUGCUCAUUUGUAGCCAGAUUUUAUAUAAGCUUCUAAUUUUACAGCAAAGCCAGGCUGUUUUCAAAUUUGCCACAUAUUAAUAUUUAUGAAGUGUUUCUUGUCUUAAUCCCAUGACCAGCAUGGUGAUGGUAAGGACUUUGUACCAGAUAAACUCGAUCUGAAGCCCUCUUCACUGUUCAGGCUCUUAACUCCUACUGCCGAAAGAACAGAAAAUGAGUUGGUGGCAGAGGAGAUUUAUGUCUUAGCCACAACUCCAAGUGUACAACUCAGUAGCCCCGUUCUCUUACGGUUCAAAUAUACUGCUGACCUUGGGUUUGUUCUUGUUUUUUUUUUUCCUGUUAGGAUUAUUUGGGGGUUUUUGGUAGUUUAAACUCUUUAACUUUUUCCUUGCUGUGUAUGAAGAAAGCUAAAGCUGUUAUCAACUUCUUAUUCUAUGGAUACUAACACGGGUUUUCAGUGUUUGUUUGUUUUUAUUAUUAUUCAUUUUGUGUGAUGUGAAUACCCUCUCCCAUCAAUAUUUGUAUUAUGGUGCUAUAUAUUUGGUAAUGAUCCUUUACUAUUGGGAAGGGAUUUUAAAAAUACUGUGAUUAAACUGGGUUUCUUCCUUUGAUUUUCAUAUUUUAAAUAAAGCCACAGUCAUUUAUACAAAAGAAAAGCAUCUGUCCCUGGGCAAAUCUUUUGAGGACAGAGGUCAAAGUAAACUGCAUAAGGUUUUUACAUCAUUUCUGUAUGUAUUUGAUAUAUAGAUCAAUAUCUGUACAAAUUUAAUCUUUUAUUUUCUUGGUAACUUGUGAUCAUUGAGAAAGUAUUUGAAACUUUCUCAUGAAGUGUAUAUAAUGGCGUGAAAAAUUCCUUUGGAGAAAUUUAUGUUCCUUUCAUUUUUACAAAAUUGAAAAUUUUCAGCAUGGAUGUGUUAAAGCAUUAAAAUUAUAACUUUGUGUACAAGAUGAAAAUAAUUCACUAAAUUUGCCCUUUUUUACACAAAAUAAAACAUUAAAAUUAA